GAGUCGCACUCCCACGCCUCACCUCUCUUGAAAUUUUGAAAUUGAAAGAACAAUCUCAAGAAAGAACCCUAGCCACCCAGUCCCGCCGCCCGCAGCCCCGUCGCGUGUUAGGCAUCGCGUGUGGAAGCUCCGUCGCCGUCGCAGGAGCUGUGUCGCCGUCGUAGGAAGCUCCGUCGCGGUUCUCGGAAGCUGUGUCGACGUCGUAGGGAGCUCCGUCUCGGUCCUAGGAAGCUGUGUCGCCAUCGUAGGAAGCUCCCUUGCCGUCGUGUGGAAGCUCUGUGGCCGUCGCUCUCUCCUCUGUUCGAGCUCUCUCUCUGUUCGCCGGUGUCGCCGUCUCCUCUAUCGUCGACGUCACUCCCCUUCCUCCUCGCCGCCGUGAGGAUAGACGACUAAGAUGGCUGUUCAGUAAUUUUUGAGGAGGAAACUCCAAUCUCACUUUCAUGCAGCCACGCACCCUCAGUCCCCUCACCCUCACGUACGGUGCCACCUUUCCCUCUCAGCCCUCUCUCUGUCUCUCACCAGCCGACGUCACCACUCACCAGCCUCAGAGUCACCUUAGCCCGCGCCGAAGCUCCUCUGUUCGAUUGCUUCUCUCACCUUCACGGCCACGGUGCUGCACUGCUUCUCGGUGACGACGACCUUCAACGACGACGACACCACCAGUGGCUGCGAAGUGCGACGACGCUUCUCUGCUCUAUUUUCCCGGGGCUGCUGUCCCGGUCAUCUUCUUCUUCUCUGCCACCAUCAGUCAGCCAUUAGAAGCCCCGACAAAGAGGAACGGAGAUUUCACUGUUUCCCACGUUUCCCACUCAUGGCUGAGCUUACUUCAACUCCAUCCAAUUCUAAAAAUGCCAAUUUAUCUUGUUUCCAACCAACGGUUUGCUUGUAUGAAUGGUGGCUGGUUAAAGCUAAACAUGGAUUCGAAGGAAAGCAGUUAGCCAUUGGAGGCAUUGCAUCAAAAAGGGAAGAAGUAGUGCGUGUCUUCACCAGUGCUCCCAUUGCGAAACGGCAUGAUCUGUUCUCUCUUGAGACCACAGAUGGGGUUUAUAUUAUCAUAAGGGGUUUCAUUGACGAGCAGCGCACCAUAGAUAAUGGUUUCCCUCCUGAGGUUUUCAGUCAUUUCUUAUUUGGUUUUCCUCAAAACUGGGAAAGCUAUGCAGCAGAUUUGAUUAGGGAUGAAUCAACUAUUGGCACUGAUUUGGGUAGUGCUAUUCCUAAAAAUGUAUCAUUAAUUGAUCCUGAGAUCUUCUCUGCUGCUCAAGAAAAAUCUAUCCUGUCUUCUUCGAAACCUUUAAAGGAAGCAUUCAGGGCUCAUGGGAAGCCACAUGCUGAAGGUGAAUGGCAUGAUUCUAACGCUUCAUGUGGGGUUAAUGCCGCUCAAGGUAGUGGCAGCGUUAGACGUGUUACCAGGUAUCAUAACAUGAAAGUUCAGCAGAAGCAGCCAGCUUCUGGAAUUACUCUAAAACAUCCAGAGGAGCUGAACAGUCCACUGACACCAGCUCAGUUGCAAUCUCUGGAAAAAGUAACUACAGAAAAAGUAAAUACACCAUCUGAACAUCUCGAUGAAAGCUCUACAUCUAGAGUUUCUAGAACUUUUUUUAAAAAUAAAGAAGGCUGUUUUAGGAGAAAGAAAGCUACAAGUGAAAAAAGUCAGAUCACGUGUGAAAGAAAAAGGACUAGAUCUGCCACUGCAACCAAAUAUCCACAAAAAAGGGGUUUAAGCCCCUCGAUCAUUGGUGAGAAAGAGAAGAUAUCCCCCGUGUCUGCUCUAUCAGGUUUCAAAAAGUCCAAAUCAGGAAGGUUGCUUCUACCACCCUUAGAGUUUUGGCGUAACCAGAUACCGAUUUACAAUGCGGACCAUGAGGUUACAGAAAUUCAGGGAGGUGCAUCUGUGGUUCAAUAGAUAAAGGUUCUUCAGCAUCAUUGAGCCGACUCAUUCCUAUUAUGCUGCCUGAUCAGUGGAUGCUCUUAUACUGUAGCUCAUGAUAUUUAGCAAGUGGAGGUCAAUCCGUGCUAAAGCUAAUGCAAAACUAAGAUGUUAACUGUUACUAAUUUGAAGAAAAUCACAAUUUCCUAGGAGAAUUUGACAUAUUUUAGAGGUUUUCCCUACGAAGAUUCCCAUGGCACCUUCCCCAGCACUGACUACGAGGUGAAGGAGUAUAGGGAGCAGUAGAUGAAGAACGAAGACGUCGCUUAUGUUGUAGUGAAUUGCAUGUGCCAUUAUGAUACCGGGUUUAGGCUAUGUUAUUUAUUCAAAUGUUUAUCUUCUCCCAAGGCAUACAAGUGGAUGAUACAACAACCCUGGUUUGGUUUCAUUUCUAGCAGAUUGCAUGGGUAAUGAUUAAUGAACAAAGUUUUCAAAGUGGCGUGGGAUUUUUGAUGAUAUAAUUGAUCAUGGCUGUGUCCCUAGUGAGUCAAUGUUUUGUGUAUUGAUUUCUGCAUAUCCAGUGCGCCUGUUAAAGAUUUUCUGGAUGAAGCAUUCAUCAUCUACAGUCAUAUGAUUGAGGUUACCAACCUUACCUUGGCUUGCAUAAUUCCCUCUGCGUGUCCUUGUAAGCAAACCAGGGAACUUUUCAAAGCAUUACCUAAAACAAGCUAAAAAUUUAUCUAUUGUAAUUUAGUUGCAACUGGACUUGAUGUACAUUACUACAUAAAGUUAGCAAUGAAGGCCUAAUUUGGCUACAUAGUUAUCAGGAUAUCGUAGAUAAAUAAAGGAUAUCGAUUGAAGAAACAGAUGCAAUGUGUUAGAAUUGAGGAAGGCAGGGACAUGCUUUUAUCCAUAUUGAGGGCUUCUAUGAGGGAGGGGGAUGCGGUCGAAGAAGAAAAAGCUUGGCUCAAAUUUCUCCAAUUAGUGUAACUUGCCAAAUUAGUGUAACUUGCCAAUCUCAGAUAUCAAAAUUAGGCUUAACUCACUUUUACAUGUAGGAGUGAACACGGAUUGGAUUGAAUCGGAUAUGGCCAGCACUAAAAUUAUUGAAUCA